AUGGACAAUUCUCUCCAGUUGCGUAGCGCUUUGCACAGUUCAGGUGCUCCGGAUAGCCCACAGCAUGAUGGUGACAGUGCUAGAACCCCCCAGUUUCUUUCAGGGCUAGAAAACAGUCUUUCGUUCUCAGCGCUUAAUUCCAAUUCAACCAACAGAAACACAACUAGACUAUCAUCGCUCAGAUCAAAAUUAUCCAGCGUAAACUCAAAUGUCAACCUCUUUAAAAAAAAGAAAAAUUUCUCCAAAAACCAAAAUGACUUGGAAAACCAACCUUUAUUGCAAAGUGACAAUCUGGCUCCAACCUACUCUGCUUCUUCAAUCACUCAAACUGAUUCAAUUGAGGGUGAAAACAGUCAUAGCGCUGGUAAUCAACUUGGUUAUGAAAUAAAUAAUAGUGAAUCGCACUCAACUCAAGCCCCAGCUGGAAAUGCAUUUCAGUGUCCUAUCCCACUAUACCCCAACUCUAGUGGUUUGCAAACUUCUCUAUACAUCAUACUUGGUUUGCUUGUAACCAUCAUCUCAAUUAUUUUAAUAAUAACUGGUCAAUUCGAGUUGCUCUAUAAGUUUUUAAAACAUAUUUUUUGCGAUUUUCAUCCAGAUUCACCCUUUAACUUCUGCGUCAAUAUUUAA